AUGGCCAUGAGGGAGUUGGUGGAACCGGAGUGCGGGGGCUCCAACCCCCUGAUGAAGCUGGCUGGCCACUUCACCCAGGACAAAGCCUUGCGACAGGAAGGACUUCAGGGCCCGCUGGCGUGGACCCCUGGAGCUCCCGGAGCUGCAGCUGUUUCCAAACCACUGGAUGUGGCCACUGAAGAUGAGCUGGUUGGAGAGUUCCUGCAAGAGCAGAAUGCCCCUUUACUGUCCCGUGCACCUCAGACCUUUAAGAUGGAUGACCUGCUGGCUGAGAUGCAAGAGAUUGAACAAUCAAGCUUCCGACAGGCCCCCCAGCGAGCUCCAGGUGUGGCAGACCUGGCACUGUCUGAAAACUGGACCCAGGAAUUCUUGGCUACAGCAGCUGAUGCUGGUGAUGUCUCUUCAGAUUACAAUGAGGCUGACUGGUCACAGGAGUUCAUUGCUGAAGUGACAGAUCCGCUUUCUGUGUCUCCUGCCAAGUGGGCAGAAGAAUACCUAGAGCAGUCAGAGGAGAAACUGUGGCUGGGGGAAUCAGAAGACCAGUCUUUGGCAGAUAAAUGGUAUGAGGAAUAUCAGCCUGAGGAUGAUCUGAAGAAAACUGUUAGUGAUUUUGUCUCUAAAGUGGAUGACCCAAAACUCAAGAAUUCUGAGUUCCUAAAGUUUGUGCGCCAGAUCGGAGAUGGGAGGGUAUUGAUCGAAGCUAAUCAGGUGACCCACAGAGACCAGGAUCAGGCAGAGCAAUGGGCAACUGAGUUUAUACAGCAGCAGGGGGCAUCCGAUGCCUGGGUGGAUCAGUUUGCGCCAUCUGGGAACAUGUCAACCCUUGAUAUGGAAUUUGAGCAGGCAAAGACUGCUGUGGAGUCAGAUGUGGACUUCUGGGACAAACUCCAGGCAGAAUGGGAGGAGAUGGCCAAGAGAGAUGCAGAGGCUCACCCUUGGCUCUCUGAUUAUGAAGACCUCAGCUCUUCAUCAUAUGACAAGGGUUACCAGUUUGAGGAAGAUAAUCCCAUGAGAGAUCACCCAGAUGCAUUUGAGGAGGGGCGGAAGCGCCUGCGGGAAGGUGACCUCCCCAAUGCUGUCCUGCUCUUUGAGGCUGCAGUGCAACAGAAGCCAGAUCAUAUGGAGGCCUGGCAGUAUCUGGGAACCACCCAAGCAGAGAACGAGCAGGAGCUUUUGGCAAUCAGUGCCCUCAGACGGUGCUUGGAGCUGCAGCCUGGCAACCUGACUGCACUUAUGGCUUUAGCAGUCAGCUUCACCAAUGAGUCCCUGCAGAAGCAGGCAUGUGAGACCCUGCGGGACUGGCUGCGCCAUAAACCAGACUAUGCCCACCUGCUGGAGAAGGAACCACAGGAGAGUGUCUUGGGGACAAACCUGGGGCCUCCUAAGCAUGUCCUAGGUUCACUGCUGUCAGACUCGCUGUUUGCAGAGGUUAAAGAGCUGUUCUUGGCAGCUGUGUGCAGCAAACCCUCAACUGUGGACCCUGAUGUUCAGUGUGGCCUGGGUGUCCUCUUCAACCUCAGUGGCGAGUACGAGAAGGCUGUGGAUUGUUUCAACGCUGCCCUCAGCGUGCGCCCCAAUGACCACCUCCUGUGGAAUAAGCUUGGUGCCACCCUGGCCAACGGGAACCGGAGUGAGGAGGCUGUGGCUGCGUACCGCCGGGCCCUGGAGCUGCAGCCAGGGUACAUCCGCUCCCGCUACAACCUGGGCAUCAGUUGCAUCAACCUGGGUGCCCACCGUGAGGCUGUGGAGCACUUCUUGGAGGCUUUGCACAUGCAGCAGAAGAGUCGAGGCCCACGGGGGCAGCAUGGUGCCAUGUCUGACAACAUCUGGAGCACCCUGCGCAUGGCCCUCUCCAUGCUGGGACAGAGUGACCUCUAUGGGGCAGCUGACUCCCACGACCUUCCCACGCUGCUUAAGGCAUUUGGGCUCCAACAGUGACCUUCCUUAGGAAACCUUCACUAGGGCUCA